AUGUCGCCCAAGCCAGCGCCACCACCGACACAGCUGCGCGUGCUCAUCGUGCGGCACGGCGAAACACGCGAAAAUGUCGAACGCAUCAUCCAGGGCCAGCUAGACACCGACCUCAACGAGCGUGGCCGUCAACAAGCCGCGCUCACCGGCCACUUCCUCGCCCCCGUGCACAUCGACCGCAUCAUCACCUCCCCGCUCCGGAGAGCAGCCGACACGGCGAAGGCGAUCUGCGCACAUCAGAGUUCGUCGCGACCGGAGCUGGAGUACGACGACCGCCUCAAGGAGCGCGCGUUUGGCGUGCUGCAGGGCAAGGUGUACACGGGCGGAGCGACCAAAUCCGAGGAUACAGAGGGGAUCGAACGGAUGCAGCCGUUUUCGGAGCGUCUCGCGAGCUUCUGGAACGACCUCGUCACGCGCGAAGGGAAGGCGACGGGGGAAAAGACAGAGACGGUGGUGCUCGUUUCACACGGUGCCGCCAUCUCGGCACUGAUGAACCAGGUGCUCGUACCAGGGCGGUACUGCAUUGUCCCUCCAACCGUGGUGCCAUCGCGCUUCUGGAAUUGCUCCAUCACUGAACUCCUCGUCCCUGUCAUCUCCACCUCGGCCGCCGACGCUUCGACUACCGUAUCACCUGGCGACCUCUCUCGCAAGCAACACUGGUCUGUUCGACCGAUCCACCUCGGCGUGCAAGGAUCGCAGUUUGUACUCGAUCACGAACUGCAGAAGAAGCUGUUGGAAAGAGCCAAGUCUUCCGCGACGACGACAGACGCGGUGGACCAGCUGCAGGCGUUGGUCGACAAAACAGAAAGCGAGUUCCAGCGCGACCCACAGGGUCGAGCACAGCUGGAAGCGGACACGAUCAAGGCUCCCGACGGCUCGACGGUGGAGAACGAUAUCGGGUAUGGAAAAGCAAUCGGUGUCGUGGAACAAUGGUCGAACGUCGACCAUCUGAAAGAGUUAGAAGCGCCACCGACCCCCGCUUCGUCCAACGGCGCCAGCAACGUCAACGUAGACGAGCUCGUCAAAUAG